AUGCUUCUUUUAUCCGUCCUCCUUACUUGCGCAACAGCAUUCGCGCAGAAUGCAAUUGUUCUCCCGCGAAGCACAGGACCUUACGCCACAACCCUUGCCAUCGAAGAAUGGGUCGACUCCUCACGCGUAGAUCCCUUUAAUUCGAGUCAUGCACGGCGGAUCAUGAUAUCGCGCUUUGACCCGGUUCCGAUCUCGCGGUGCAACUUCGAGCAAGUGCAGUAUAUGACGAAUGUGACUGCCGCCGCUGAAGAUGAAAUCUUAGGGGACUAUGGUUGGCCGAAAGGACUCUUAAGGCGAUUCGUGCUUGAGAAAUGGCCAGUGGCGCUGUUCAGCGGAGGUCUCAACACGACGCGGCUCUUCUACAGCCAUCUUGCGCAGGAAGUCGCUAGUCAUGGCUUCAUAGUCAUCAUGAUCGAUCACCCCUACGAUACAGACGUUGUCGAAUUUCCAAAUGGCGACGUCAUCUUUGGUGGAAGCGUGGCGUCGCCCGUGAACGGUUCCGAGCCUACGUCCUUGAACUUCGGGCUGGAAGUACGCGCUCAGGAUGCCUCGUUCGUGUUGGACUGCCUCGGUAUAAGUGCUGAUUCAGGAGAAAAGGCCGUCAUAUUUGGACAUAGCUUCGGUGGAGCAGCUUCCGCAACAGCCCUCUUAAACGACAAGCGGUUCCGCGCAGGCAUCAAUCUCGACGGCAAAAUGUACGGUCCCGUCCUGAACAGUCCUCUCGGCACACCGAAGUUCCCCCAGGCUGUCGCACUCUGGGGCAGCGACGGACAUAAUUCUUCGAUCUCCUCAGAUCCCUCGUGGGCGACAUUUUGGAAUACUCUGAAUAGCAGUGCGAACGUGGAUUACAAGAGAGAGUUUACAGUUACGAAUGCCGCGCAUGGGUCGUAUUGGGAUUUGAAUAUCCUUGUAGAUGUGGCGGGUAUUAGGGGGAAUGUUAGUGAGGAUACGCUGCUCUAUUUGAUUGGACCAAUUCCUGGGCCGAGAGUGUGGGAGAUCUUGGGGAGGUAUAUACCGUCAUUCUUUUGGUAUACUUUGGGUCUGAAGGGGGAGGAUGCGGUGUUGAAGGGGAAGAAUCAGGAGUUUCCCGAAGUACAGAUACUGAACGAAUAG